AUGUACGCGCUCCGCAUCGCCCCGCUCGUUUGCCUCGUUGGGUUGGCUGUCGCCACCCGUGACACCGAACCGUGCAACAAGGCCAUUUGCCCCAGUGGAUACAGCUGCCGAAAGGAGGACAAAACGUGCAUCGGCAUUGCUGGGAAGACGUUGGAGAUUGUCGGCGAGUGCGUCAACCUGCUGUGCCCCGAGUCUUACUCGUGCGUCGAAGAUGCCUGCAUCCGGCCACCCCAGAUUCGCCUGAAGGGCGCCGAGGCCAUCGGCCCAUGCGUGAACCUGAAGUGCCCGGCUAGCCACGUGUGCGAGGAGGCCGAGAACAAGUGCUACCCGAUCGACAAGGAGGCCUCUACCUACAAGCCAGGAAGCCGC